AUGAACGAGAAAGAACAAACCGACUUGCUAACACCGUCAUCCAGGCCCGAACAUCGUCCCUCUCGCGCUCCCGCGCACCAACCCGCCCCCCCGGGCACGCCUCCAAUCCGCACGCAAAAGCGCGGCGCAACGAUCCUGCCCAACUUUGUGGGCUUGCGCUUUGCCGUGCACAACGGCAAGACAUACCAGGAAUUCAGUAUUACCGAGGAGAUGGUCGGGAGGAAACUCGGGGAAUAUGUUGCGUAUGUAUUACCCUUGUGUUUGGCAUAUCUGCUCUGCUGGUUUGCAAAAUUUGAAAACCCCAGAGUGAUACGUGUGUCUUCGGCGAUGAUUGGAAACCAGGACAUGACUGACCUGCUUGUUUUCACAUUUAGGACCCGCAAGCGCUUCACCUACAAGAUGUCCAAGAACAAAUAG